AUGGGCCCCUCAAGGGCGAACGGAAAAGGCAUCCUGCCACCUCCCAACUUGGGCCGUUGCCACGUCCUCGGCCCGGUUCCAGAGAUGGGGGGCCAGGCAAGGCAACCAACGGAUUGGGCAUGUGGGGGCCCCAAAACAGGAGUUUUUAAGACGGCUCAGCUGGCUUUGGUCCUGGUUCAAGAAAUGCAGAAAAAUGGCUGGCAGACACACGGGGAGGAAGUGAUGCUCAGUCUCGAUGAGCUUGCCUUGGUAACUGUUUGGGUGGAAAGAGCUGCCUGGGGUAACGGGGGGUGGGAAAUGCACAUUACUGGUUGGGGAGCGGGGAGGGGGGAAAAGGGGCAAGGAAGGAUGGUCGCGCAACUCAAAACCAAGGGUGAAGCCUUGAAACCCAAGGCACGGUGUAAGCCGAUGGGUGCAGAAGUUAAGUAA